CAAAUUUUAGAUUUGGACAUGGAUCCCAGCAGAAGUGCCCAGGAUGUGAUCAGAUGUGACCUUUGUGAGACAGCUAUAGUACAAAUGUACUGUGAUUUCUGUCAUGUCAACCUUUGUAAACCCUGUAUUGGAGAACACAUUGCUGAUGACUACAACAAACAUCAAAUUGUCCAAAUUCAGCAAAGGAAAUCCACCUUAAUUUAUCCACAGUGCAAAACACAUGAAACAAAAAGGAGUGAAUUUCAGUGUGAAGAAUGCAACACGUCUGUGUGCUCUUUAUGCAUUAUAACUGAUACACAUAAAGAACAUACCAUUACAACUCUUUUGGAUAUUUUUAAUUCAAAGAGAGAAGUAAUUAGAAAAGAUACUGAAGAGUUAGAGCAAAUACUUUCUCCAACCUAUGAAGAGAUUGCCACUGAUAUAGAAGCUCAGCUUGCCAAUCUGGAUGGAGAAUAUGCAAAACUUUCAACAGCUGUAACAAAACAUGGAGAAGAAUGGCACGAAGAAAUCGACAACAUUGUCAACAAACUGACAACAGAAAUUGAGGAUGUAAAAAAUAAACAUCGAAGCAUUCUGAAGAAACAUUUAGAUGAAAUUAAACAGAUUAUAUAUCAAAUUGAGCAAACUUUGCUUCAGUUAAAUAGAAUAGAUGAAUCAAAUGAAGUGUCCAUGACUAUGGAAUACAGUUCUAAAAUUGAAGAAUUAAGCAAACUUCCACCUAAAGUGAAGAUAUCACUGCCUGUGUUCAGUCCAAAGGCUAAAGAUACAGAACAUCUUUAUACAUUGUUUGGAUCUUUAACAGAAUUAACUACCAAAACAGAAGAAAAUGGCUACAAACUGAAGAAACCAGAGACACCAACCAUAGAACUGCUUGAAGAACCAGAACUUAUAACUACUAUAAAUACUGGGUAUGGAAACCUAUGUAGUGUUGCCUGUCUUAGUGAAGAAGAAAUUUGGACAAGUGGAUUUGUCAAUGAUAUGAAAUGCUUCAACAUUCAAAGCUCACUCAUAAAGACAAUCAAAACAAAAUCAGGGGUCUGGCCAGGUGACAUAGCAGUGACAGGUGAUGGGGAUCUAGUGUAUUCUGAUUGGAAAACAAAGAUUGUGAAUAAAGUGAAGAAUGAACAGACAGAGGAGGUGAUCAGACUACAGGACUGGAGACCUAGUAAUCUCUGUGUCACUUCCUCUGGUGAUCUCCUGGUUAACAUGCACAGUGAUGAUAAAACAAAAUCCAAGGUUGUCCGUUACUCAGGCUCCACAGAGAAACAAACAAUCCAGUUUGAUGAGGAGGGUAAACCUCUGUAUUCAGGAAAUGCCAAAAUUAAGUACAUCAGUGAGAACAGAAACCUGGAUAUCUGUGUGGCUGACUUCAGAGCUGGUGCUGUAGUGGUGGUCAAUCAGGCUGGAAAACUCCGAUUUAGAUACACUGGUCAUCCUUCUGCCACAAAGAACAAACCAUUUGAACCCUGUGGCAUCACAACAGACAGCCAGAGUCAGAUCCUGACAGCAGACUAUCAUAACCACUGUAUCCACAUCCUAGACCAGGACGGACAGUUCAUCCGUUAUAUAGAUAACUGUGAUCUGAAGGGUCCAUUUGGUUUAUGUGUAGACAAAAGUGACACCUUGUUUGUUGCCGAGUGGAGUGGGAAGCUUAAGAAAAUUAAAUAUCUUAGAUAGACAUGUAUUUAAGGAAUCACUGUCUAGUUAGGCCAAAAAUAAAAAUAGUCUUGUUUCCUGCUACCCGACCUACCCUAUUUUUUUGCACCCUACCCUAAAGUUUUUUAGUUUUUGAGGGAAAAUCGAAAAUUUCAUGAUCCAAAAGUGAAAAAAAUAUACAUUCAAGUGGUAUUUCAUGAAAUACAUAUGUUUUAAAUAUGGACUUGCAAGAAACACUACUUAUUAAUAUUUUAAAUGAUAAUAUUGACCAAUGACAUGUUUAAUUUGGUUUUGUAAUAGUUCAUAUCCAACAAAUACCAUUGUAAAAAAUAAAAUAAUUUUCCAACCAACCUACCCUAUUUUUUUCAGGCUGGUAGUAGGAAACUAAGACUAUUAUUUUUUUUGGCCUUAGUAUAGUAUGCCAGGGCAUCAACGAUACUGGGAAACAUGGGAUAAUUUGCAUAACGGGCGAAGCUAAAAUUAUCCCAUGUUUCCCACUAUUGUUGAUGUUACUGGCGUAGUCUCCUAA